AUGGAGCGGUACAAGGCCUUCUUAAACGAAAUAAAGCGGGAAAAUGAAAAGAUUGGAAAAAAAAUCCGCUUCGUAAACGACAAAACCAAGUAUAAACCACUCAAUGGAAAAAAACUUGAGUACAACAGAUUUUUUGUGAACAGCUAUGAGGUAGAGAAGAAAAACAACCUGUGUAAGUACUACAAACAUAAAAUAGACAAGAGCAGGAGAAAAAAAAAAGGGAAUCUAUGCAAUUAUGAUUUCCCUUUCUUUGAGAUUUACAAAAAUACAAAUCCAGCGUUUAAAAAUAAUCUGCCACAAUAUAAUCUCCUUCAAAUGAUAAAAAACUACAAUGAGUUGGAACUCUUUAAGUUCUGUUCCAGAAAUACUGUGGACGUAAACUUGCUCUCUCCUGUACUUUCCCACUUCAUCGAAAUUGUGAUAAAGAAAAGAGACCUGUACAACAUCAACGACUUGUUCCUACUAACAGAACAGAUAAAAAAGUUAAAUUAUUACCACCCCUACUUUUGCAAACUAGUAUGUAGAGAGGUAUGUCUUGACAUACACAAAAUCAAGACCGUUCAUCAGAUAACGGGCUUUCUGGACUUCCUCAUGUAUUUUAACAUUUUCAAUUAUUAUUAUGUUAACAAGUUCUACAAGUAUUUAACGCACUUGAUUACGCAUAGUAAUAAAUGGACCCUUGUGGUUCCUGGGUUGAAUUCUUCUUCUGCCGAAGAACCGGUGGUAGAUGAAUCGAAAUCAAAGGACACACAUGUAAAUUUCAUUCAGAUACAUUCAGACGAUAUUGCCUGCCUAUCCUUAUCCUUUAGAAAAUAUAAAAUGUUCGACGCAGAGUUGUUACUCCUUCUGCUUUAUGUGUGCAGCCAUGAUGCAUAUGGUCACUUGAGGAAUGCCCAAACGCUAUACCAGCUUACAGAGCUAAUACAUUUUUAUACAUUUUUGGAUAGGGCGUACUCCUCCAAAUUGUUCUACUACAUUUUUGAACAAGUCUUAAAGGACACACCAAGGGGGGAUGCCAACUUCGUCCCUCUCCUUAAAUCUUUUUACACCAUUAGUAAAGAGCUUGGCACCAAAUUCGAUGUGGGCGUCCACAACGCGACGCUGGAGAUUUUUCACAACAAAGGGGAAAUGGAAGGAGGCGACUCAGCGGGGGAUAUUUCUCCCCCCAGUUAUGUACUAUCCGAGUGUAGCGGAAAAAAAAAAAAAAAAAAAAAAAAUGAAAAAAAAGACCAAAAAAAGGAUGAAAGAAAAGACGAAAAUGCAAAUGACGAAAUUGUCAUAGGGACAAAUGCAAAUGUGCACAUGCAGGUCGAACCAUCAGGGGAGAAGAACCAACCAUUGGCCCCCUUCAACUGCAAUGCCAACUGGAACCUAAAGAAGUUGAAGUUGGAUGAUGAGAUGUUAGUUGUACGUCAUGACUACGACUGGCACCCAUCCGAGAAAAUCUUCAUGGAUCUAGUGGAGACCAUCAAACACGUCGUGCUCCUCAUCGAAUUGAAACUUCUCUCUGCCUUCCCCUUUGCGUGUGAAAAGAGCCCACCCGAAAUUGAGUUCAUGAAACGGGUGAACUUCCAAACGGAUCGCGAGAAAAACGUGCACAAGUACAAUGCACAGAAUGUCAGCCGGGAGCAGCGGGCGUUCGUGGAACGACUAAUCCGAAGGAAUGAGCAACAGGACACACAACAACUGGACAUACAGCGACCAGAUGGACAGGCACAUCCGCUGCCGCAGAAGUGGGAGCGCCAUUUCGACGACUCAAAUCUCAGCUUUCUGUUUUAUCGGAACUAUGGGGAUGAGUCAGGAUCUGUCACGAUGGAUGACAUCAACGGGUUCAUUAAAUCCAAGCCGGAUGUGAAGUUCAACCUUAUGGAUGGAACCUAUUUCGCCCACAUAUUUUCUCACCUGUGGCAGGUCCAGAUGACUGAGGCUGAAGAGCGCAUACUGGAGGAAAGCCUCCAAGCCCUGCCACUCUGGGCAAACAGUUUGGUGCGCCUGGACGUGAACACCGUGGCUGACUUGUUCUGCGCCCUCACAAUUUUUCAAGUUAUUCAGGGAUGCAAAAACGGAAGGGUUACCAAAAACAAAUACGGGUACUCCAAAAGGGAGGAGCACACAGAAAAUGAAGCUCUCUACAAAAUACUGUCCAAAAUUCUGAUAAAAAAAAUUAUUAACAUAAAAAGCGAACGUCUGUACAAGGUCAUUUUGUCCUGCGCAAACACAGCCUACUCGGACGUCUACUUGAAUCACUUUUUAAAAAAUUUCAACCGACAUGUAAAAUUUGGGAAGAUGCGCAAAUACGUGAAUUGUUAA